GUGCUGUGCGCCACGGCCGAGGGCAGCUCCAGAACUCACCCUGAGCACACCGGCAUCAUGGCAUCAGCGUGGUCCUGCUGGGUCCUCCUGCUGCUCCUGCCUGCCCUGACCCACGCUGGAGGGCCUGGUCCUGUCCUCGUCAACCGCCCCUUUGUCACCAUCUGGAACAUCCCCACUGAGCGCUGCGCCGAGAAGUACAAUGUCUCCCUCAGCCUGGAGGUCUUUGAUGUGUUGGCCAAUGACCAGCAGUCCUUCACUGGGCAGGACAUCACCCUCUUCUACAGCGACAAGAUAGGUCUCUUCCCCUACUACACACCUGAGGGGGUGCCAGUGAAUGGGGGGCUCCCCCAAAAUGCCAGCCUGGAGGCUCACAUCCACCAGGCCACCCAGGACAUCAAGGUGACCCUGCCCAGCCCUGACUACAGUGGGCUGGCUGUCAUCGACUGGGAGAAGUGGCGCCCACUGUGGAUCCGCAACUGGGACUCCAUGGAGAUCUACCAGCAGAAGUCGGAGGAGCUGGUGCAGCAGCAGCACCCGCAGUGGCCUCCCAAGGAGGUGGAGGAGAUGGCCAAGCAGCAGUUUGAGAAGAGCGCCUGUGAUUUCAUGAACGAGACCCUGUGGCUGGGCAAGAGCCUCCGUCCCAGUGCCUACUGGGGCUUCUAUGGUUUCCCUGACUGCUACAACAAUGACUUUGAUAGCCUGCCCUACAACGGGACGUGCCCAGAUGUGGAGCAGCAGAGGAACCAGAAUCUCUCCUGGCUCUGGAAGGGCAGCCAGGCACUCUACCCCAGCAUCUACCUGCCCCUCCGCCUCAAUGGCACCAACAAGGUUCUUGCCUACGUCCGGCACCGCGUGGCCGAGGCUUUUGCUGUCCAGCAGGGAAUCCUUGACAGUGGCAUCCCCGUCCUGCCUUACUCCCAGAUCGCCUUCGAGCGCACUCUGGACUUCCUUUCCCAGGAGGACCUGAUGAACACCAUCGGGGAGAGCGCAGCUCAGGGUGCUGCUGGCAUCAUCCUCUGGGGCAGCCUGAACUACAGCACCUCCAAGGAGAUGUGCCUGAGGCUGAAGGACUACGUGGAGGGGCCCCUGGGCCACUACAUCGUCAAUGUGACGGCCGGCGCUGACCUGUGCAGCCAGACCCUGUGCUCUGGCCGGGGCCGCUGCGUGCGCCAGGACAAGCAGCAGGGCUACCUGCACCUGGACCCCUCCCGCUUCACCAUCGACCUGCGUGCUGGCAAGCCCUGGCUGGUGGCUCAGAGCCUGGAGCCUGGGGAGGACAUCUCCAAACUGGCCAAGGAGUUCAGCUGCCAGUGCUAUGACAAGUGGCAGGGACCCCGCUGUGACACCCAGGGCUUUGCCAAGUGACCCCCGCACAAUCCUCCCCCACUGAGGACCCUGGGGCAGACAGGGUGACACUACCUCAGCACCCUUGCCAUGGGGUUGAGAACCUUAAUGUGGGACUCUUAAUAAAACCAGAAAGCACCA